AUGACUGUAUCUUCUUCGACUCCCCCUUUAUUUUCGCCAAUUAAGGUUGGUAAAUCUACUCUUCAGCACAGAAUUGCAUUGGCACCCUUGACCAGAUUCAGAUCUCCCAAGCACGUCCCCGGUGAUUUGGUUGCUGAAUACUAUGAGCAAAGAGCUUCAAGACCCGGUACUUUACUUAUUACCGAGGCAACUUUCAUUGCUGCCAAGGCUGGUGGUAUUCCAAACGUCCCAGGUAUCUGGAGUCAGGAACAAAUUGAUGCUUGGAAAAAGGUUACUGACAGAGUUCACGCCAAGAAGUCUUUCAUUUACGCCCAAAUCUGGGCUCUCGGCAGACAAGCAUUCCCCGCAGUUUUAAAGGCUGAAGGUUUUGACUAUGUGUCUGCUUCGGAUGUUCCCAUUGAUGAGGAGAGAGGUGCUCCUAGACCCUUGACUAAGGAGGAAAUUAAAGAGUAUAUCCAACUUUAUGUUAAGGCUGCUAAGAAUGCUGUUGAAGCUGGUUUCGAUGGUAUUGAGUUGCAUUCGGCCAAUGGAUAUCUGCUCGAUCAAUUCCUCCAUGAGAACACAAAUCAGAGAACUGAUGAGUAUGGAGGAUCUAUCGAGAACCGUGCCCGCUUCACUUUAGAGGUGGUUGAUGCUUUGGUUGAAGCUAUUGGUGCUGACAGGGUUGGAAUCCGGUUGUCUCCUUGGAAUACUUAUGGCGAAGUUUUCCCAGGUAUUUCUCCUAUUCCUCAAUGGUCUUACGUUGUCGCUGAGCUCGAGAAGCGCGCUGUGGAACAGAACAAGCGUUUGGCCUUUGUUCAUAUUGUUGAACCCCGUAUUGCAGGACAUGUUAACUUGGAAUCUUGGUCUGGUAGUAACGAAUUUAUCAAUAACAUCUGGAAGGGUAUUCUUAUUAAAGCCGGAAAUAUGCUCCCAGUUGCUGCUGAGGUUGCUGAAAAAGAGCCUAACACUAUCAUCGCCGUUGGUAGACAUUUCAUCUCCAAUCCUGAUAUCGUUGACAAGUUGGAACGCAAGCUAGAGUUGACCGAUUAUGAUAGAGACACUUUCUAUACGAAUGAUGCCAAGGGAUAUACCGAUUAUCCUUUUGCUAAAUAG